UCCUCACAAGAUCGCAGCGUAGGCCGUGUGAUCAAUCACAAGGAUUAUUACUUGCGUGGUGGGGACAUGAGUGUGUUGAUCGGGAACCAUCUCUACCGUAUACACAGUUUCUUCUUCUACCGUGAAUCAUUGGUAUGGCGGCAGAUGCUAGAUGCCCCUCCCAAUGGCGGGGAACACGGCACAGCUGAUGCUCCGAGUCCUUUCACCCUCGACGACGUCAAGAGCGAAGACUUUGAGCGCUUCCUCUGGGUGAUCUACAACCCCCAAUAUUCGGUCUACGAUGCUCCCUUUGAGACGUGGUUGAGCAUCCUAAGGCUCGCCCAUCGAUGGAGCUUCUGCAACAUCAAAGACCUCGCUAUUCGCGAGCUCGAGAAACUCCCAAUUGAGCCGAUCGAAAAGAUCGUGGCAUAUCACGAACAUAAUAUCAACAAAACCCUCCUUCUCCCUGCAUACAUCGCGAUGUGCAAACGUGAAAAGCCUCUGACUCUCGCAGAGGGCAUGCCGCUCGGAAUGGAAACCGUCCUCCGCCUUGCGGAUGCACGUGAGCGUGCUCGGCAGCAAGCCGCGGAGAGCGGCAUUCGCUCGCCUACUUUCGACGAUUUUGAGGAUGAGCAGAUGGAGGAUAUGGUAAGGGAGGUGUUUGGCAUUCCGCCGAGACAGAUGUCGGCAGGUCGACACUCAAGAAACUCGUCUGGUGCAUUCAACGGUUUCGGCAGUUUCAGCGGAAUGAAUGGCUUU